AUUGAAUUUUUUUAAAAAAUAAAAGAUUUUCACGAGUCUACUAAAAUGUGAGCAAACCUUAGUAUGUAUGCUACGGAGUAGAAUUAAAGGGUUAAUUUGCAAAUACCAUACCCUCGCGCCCCGGGUUCUAUUCCGCCUGUUUCUGCUCCCGGAACUGGAAGAGAUUCCAUUGUCCUCCGUGGCGGAGCGGACCGGAGCCGGUAGCCUUCCACUGUUGCCCUAGCCUGAAUGAUUUAGCAGAGAACUGUCGUACCAAUUCUGGAAGUUCUGAGAUGACCCAACUGAGCAGUGAAAAGGCCAACAAUGAAGGUAGAACGGAACACGUGGUCCGUAAAGAGAAAAGUGCAAAACGUAAAAUUGAUGAAACCUUGGAAGAAAUUUAUGAUGGACAUUAUGAUUUAAGUGAUGAGGAUGAUGAUAGUGAUUGGGAUCCAUUUGAAAAACAAGAUCAAGUUGUCAAGUGGUUUUGUGUCAACUGCACCAUGGUUAACCUCAGUAAUGCUGUGCAUUGCUAUAUGUGUGGAGAGCACAAGGAUUCUGGAAUCCUUAGGUUAGGAUAUUAUGCAUCACCAUCUUUGCCAAUGGGGGAUAUUAUAGAACGUGAGUUGGAGGCUACUGAAAGAUCAAAAGGUUCAUGUCUGAAAGGUUUUCCAUCAGACUCUACUGUGGUUGGAUUUGAUGAGAGGAUGCUGCUCCAUGAUGAAGUUGAAGUGAAAUCGCAUCCUCAUCCUGAGAGACCAGACCGUCUUCGAGCUAUUGCUGCUAGUCUUGCUAGUGCAGGUAUAUUCCCUGGGCAAUGUCAUCCAAUUUCAGCACGAGAAAUCACCAGAGAAGAACUUCAGAUGGUGCAUGCGUUGGAGAAUAUUGAAUCUGUUGAACUUACCAGUCGUCUUCAUGCCAGCUAUUUUACUCCUGAUACAUAUGCGAAUGAAUAUUCAGCCUGUGCUGCCAGACUUGCAGCAGGCUUAUGUGCUGAUCUUGCUUCAACCAUCAUCUCUGGGCGUGCUAAAAAUGGUUUUGCUCUGGUUCGACCCCCUGGUCACCAUGCUGGCGUGAAACAAGCCAUGGGAUUCUGUCUCCACAACAAUGCAGCUGUUGCAGCGUUUGCAGCUCAGGCUGCAGGAGCAAAGAGGGUGUUAAUAGUUGAUUGGGAUGUUCAUCAUGGGAAUGGAACACAAGAAAUUUUUAAUAGAAGCAAAUCAGUUCUCUAUAUAUCUUUACAUAGGCAUGAAGGUGGGCAAUUUUACCCGGGUACUGGAGCUGCUAAAGAGGUUGGUUCCAUGGGUGCAGAAGGAUACUGUGUGAAUAUUCCAUGGAGCUGUGGUGGAGUUGGUGACAAUGAUUAUGUUUUUGCAUUUCAACAUAUUGUGCUUCCAAUUGCCUCCGAGUUUGCUCCAGACUUCACUAUUAUUUCAGCAGGAUUUGAUGCUGCAAGGGGGGACCCCCUCGGCUGUUGUGAUGUAACUCCUCUUGGCUAUGCAUUGAUGACACAAAUGCUGAAUCCUUUAUCAGAUGGAAAAGUACUUGUCAUCCUUGAAGGAGGGUACAAUCUUCGAUCAAUAUCAUCUUCAGCUACAGCGGUGAUUAAGGUCUUACUUGGUGAAAGUCCAAAAGCUGAUAUGGACGGUUUUGUACCUUCCAAGUACGGAUUCCAAACCGUAAUGGAGGUCAUGAAAAUACAAAAGAGCUAUUGGUCUACACUAGAGUCCAACUUCAAUAAAUUGUUAUCUGAAUGGAGAAUAUAUGCUUUUCACAAUACACGAAAACAGACCAAGAAAAGGCGGAGUGUACCAACCUGGUGGAGGCUGGGGCGGAAGUUGUUUCUCUAUCGCCUCCUAACCAAGCAGAUUCUUUUCAAGUCUAAGGGCCGCUGAGCCUUCCGGUGGAUACCCAGAUAAAUCAUGCACGGUAUUGCUGUCAUCCCGGGGCACCAAAUUUAGGAUUCUAUGUAAAUUUUUGCUCAUUCUACAUAAGUGUUGAUUAGUACCGUUCAAAAUGAUGCUUUCGCCCUGCCGUCUAACUUGCUCCCACUUCACCCCUAACACAUUGUGUUUUGUGUAUAUUUUAGAUUUGCAUUUGGUUGAUGCCUAAUGGUUUGUUUGCUUCAUUUUGGUUAAACAAAUAUGGCUAUUGGAC